CUCAGGGAGAGGCCUGGUUCUUGCCGCCGAGGGAUGUGAGUGGGAGCUGAGCCCGAACUGGAGGGCACCCGAGGGCCCAGCCUGGAGGUCCGUCGGAGCUGUGUCCGCCUCGGGGCUUCGCAGACCUUGGCCCGCCGGGUUUUAGAAGCAGGCAACAGGAACAAGAUGUGAACUGUUUCUCUUCUGCAGAAAAAGAGGCUCUUCCUUCUCCCGCGACGAGUCUUGUUCUGUUGUGCAACUGAGUGCAGUGGCGUGACCUAUGGUGCGACCUCUUGCAACCUCUGCCUCCCAGGUUCAAGCGAUUCUCCUGCCUCAGCCUGCCUAGUAGCUGGGAUUACAGGUAAAUGUUCUGAAAAAGACUCUGCCUGGGAAUGGCUUGCCUUACAAUGACAGAAAUGGAGGGAACAUCCACGUCUUCUAUAAAUCAGAAUGGUGAUAUUUCUGGAAAUGUCAAUUCUAUGAAGCAAAUAGAUCCGGUUCUUCAGGUGUAUCUUUACCAUUCCCUUGGGAAAGCUGAGGCAGAUUAUCUCACAUUUCCAUCUGGGGAAUAUGUUGCAGAAGAAAUCUGUAUUGCUGCUUCUAAAGCUUGUGGCAUCACACCUUUGUAUCAUAAUAUGUUUGCUUUAAUGAGUGAAACAGAAAGGAUCUGGUAUCCACCCAACCAUGUCUUCCAUGUAGAUGAAUCAACCAGGGAUAAUGUACUCUACAGAAUAAGAUUUUACUUUCCUCAUUGGUAUUGCAGCGGCAACAACAGAACCUAUCGGCAUGGAAUAUCUCGAGGUGCUGAAGCUCCUCUUCUCGAUGACUGUGUCAUGUCUUACCUUUUUUCUCAGUGGCGGCAUGAUUUUGUGCAUGGAUGGAUAAAAGUACCUGUGACUCAUGAAACUCAGGAAGAAUGUCUUGGGAUGGCAGUGUUAGAUAUGAUGAGAAUAGCUAAAGAAAAGGAUCAGACUCCACUGGCCAUCUAUAAUUCUAUCAGCUACAAGACAUUCUUACCAAAAUGUAUUCGAGCAAAGAUCCAAGACUAUCACAUUUUGACAAGGAAGCGAAUAAGGUACAGAUUUCGCAGAUUUAUUCAGCAGUUCAGCCAAUGCAAAGCCACUGCCAGAAACUUGAAACUUAAGUAUCUUAUAAAUCUGGAAACUCUGCAGUCUGCCUUCUACACAGAGAAAUUUGAAGUAAAAGAACCUGGAAGUGGUCCUUCAGGUGAGGAGAUUUUUGCAACCAUUAUAAUAACUGGAAACGGUGGAAUUCAGUGGUCAAGAGGGAAACAUAAAGAAAGUGAGACACUGACAGCACAGGAUUUACAGUUGUAUUGUGAUUUUCCUAAUAUUAUUGAUGUCAGUAUUAAGCAAGCAAACCAAGAGGGUUCAAAUGAAAGCAGAGUUGUGACUAUCCAUAAGCAAGAUGGUAAAAAUCUGGAAAUUGAACUUAGCUCAUUAAGGGAAGCUUUGUCUUUUGUGUCAUUAAUUGAUGGAUAUUAUAGAUUAACGGCAGAUGCACAUCAUUACCUCUGUAAAGAAGUAGCACCUCCAACGGUGCUUGAAAAUAUACAAAGCAACUGUCAUGGCCCAAUUUCAAUGGACUUUGCCAUCAGUAAACUGAAGAAAGCAGGCAAUCAGACUGGACUGUAUGUACUUCGAUGCAGUCCUAAGGACUUCAAUAAAUAUUUUCUGACUUUUGCUGUCGAGCGAGAAAAUGUCAUUGAAUAUAAACACUGUUUGAUUACAAAAAAUGAGAAUGAAGAGUACAACCUCAGUGGGACAAAGAAGAACUUCAGUAGUCUUAAAGAUCUUUUGAAUUGUUACCAGAUGGAAACUGUUCGCUCAGACAAUAUAAUUUUCCAGUUUACUAAAUGCUGUCCCCCAAAGCCAAAAGAUAAAUCAAACCUUCUAGUCUUCAGAAUGAAUGGUGUUUCUGAUGUCCCAAUCUCACCAACAUUACAGAGGCAUAAUAACGUGAACCAAAUGGUGUUUCACAAAAUUAGAAAUGAAGAUUUGAUAUUUAAUGAAAGCCUUGGCCAAGGCACUUUUACAAAGAUUUUUAAAGGCAUACGAAGAGAAGUAGGAGAUUAUGGCCAACUGCAUGAAACAGAAGUUCUUUUAAAAGUUCUGGAUAAAGCACAUAGAAACUAUUCAGAGUCUUUCUUUGAAGCAGCAAGCAUGAUGAGCCAGCUUUCUCACAAGCAUUUGGUUUUAAAUUAUGGAAUAUGUGUCUGCGGAGAGGAGAAUAUUCUGGUUCAGGAGUUUGUAAAAUUUGGAUCACUAGAUACAUACCUGAAAAAGAAUAAAAAUUGUAUAAAUAUAUUAUGGAAACUUGAAGUUGCUAAACAGUUGGCAUGGGCCAUGCAUUUUCUAGAAGAAAAGACCCUUAUUCAUGGGAAUGUGUGCGCCAAAAAUAUUCUACUUAUCAGAGAAGAAGACAGGAAGACAGGAAAUCCUCCUUUCAUCAAACUUAGUGACCCUGGCAUUAGUAUUACUGUUUUGCCAAAGGACAUUCUUCAGGAGAGAAUACCAUGGGUACCACCUGAAUGCAUUGAAAAUCCUAAAAAUUUAAAUUUGGCAACAGACAAAUGGAGUUUUGGUACCACUUUGUGGGAAAUCUGCAGUGGAGGAGAUAAACCCUUAAGUGCUCUGGAUUCUCAAAGAAAGCUGCAAUUUUAUGAAGAUAGGCACCAGCUUCCUGCACCAAAGUGGGCAGAAUUAGCAAACCUUAUAAAUAAUUGUAUGGAUUAUGAACCAGAUUUCAGGCCUUCCUUCAGAGCCGUCAUACGAGAUCUUAACAGUUUGUUUACACCAGAUUAUGAACUAUUAACAGAAAAUGACAUGUUACCAAAUACGAGGACAGGUCUUUCAGGGUUUUCUGUUGCUUUUGAAGACAGGGAUCCUACACAGUUUGAAGAGAGACAUUUGAAAUUUCUACAGCAACUUGGCAAGGGUAAUUUUGGGAGUGUGGAGAUGUGCCGAUAUGACCCUCUACAGGACAACACUGGGGAGGUGGUGGCUGUAAAAAAGCUUCAGCAUAGUACUGAAGAGCACCUGAGAGACUUUGAAAGGGAAAUUGAAAUCUUGAAAUCACUGCAGCAUGACAACAUUGUAAAGUACAAGGGAGUGUGCUACAGUGCUGGUCGGCGAAAUCUAAAAUUAAUUAUGGAAUAUUUACCAUAUGGAAGUUUACGAGACUAUCUUCAAAAACAUAAAGAACGGAUAGAUCACAAAAAACUUCUGCAGUACACAUCUCAGAUCUGCAAGGGUAUGGAGUAUCUUGGUACAAAAAGGUAUAUCCACAGGGAUCUGGCGACAAGAAAUAUAUUGGUAGAGAAUGAGAACAGAGUUAAAAUUGGAGAUUUUGGGUUAACCAAAGUCUUGCCACAAGACAAAGAAUACUAUAAAGUAAAAGAACCUGGUGAAAGCCCCAUAUUCUGGUAUGCUCCAGAAUCACUGACAGAGAGCAAGUUUUCUGUGGCCUCAGAUGUUUGGAGCUUUGGAGUAGUUCUGUAUGAACUUUUCACAUACAUUGAGAAGAGUAAAAGUCCACCAGCGGAAUUUAUGCGUAUGAUUGGCAAUGACAAACAAGGACAGAUGAUCGUGUUCCAUUUGAUAGAACUGUUGAAGAAUAAUGGAAGAUUACCAAGACCAGAUGGAUGCCCAGAUGAGAUUUAUAUGAUCAUGACAGAAUGCUGGAACAAUAAUGUAAAUCAACGCCCCUCCUUUAGGGAUCUAGCUCUUCGAGUGGAUCAAAUAAGGGAUAACAUGGCUGAAUAAAAGAAAAGACCUUCAUUCUAAGACCAAAGUAGGUUUAUACUACAAAGUAUAAGGUUUAUAGAACAAAGUUUUCUAUUUCACAUUGCUGUGGACUAUUAUUACAUACGUCAUUAUUAUGUAAAUCAUGAUGCUAGCCAGCAAAGAUGUGAAAAUAUCUGCUGAAAACUUUCGAAGUUUAUUAAGUAAGUUUUUCUUCAUGAGGCUACCAGUAAAAGAUAUUAAUGAAAAGUCCUUAGCAAGAAAUUUUGUGAGAAGUUUCUUAAACGUUGUCGGUUAAUGUCACUCUUCUCUGGCAAAACAAAAACGGACUUUUCAGUUCAGCUUUUUGAGACCUGAAAAAAUUAUGAUGUAAAUUUUGCAAUGUUAAACAUGCACAGAAUAUGUAUGUACAGUUUUUACCACAGUGGAUGUAUAAUACCUUGGCAUCUUGUGUGAUAUUUUACACACAUGAGGGCUAGUGUUCAUUAAUACUGUUUUCUAAUUUUUCCAUACUUUAUCUAUAAUUACUUCACUAUACAAACUAAGAUGUUCAGAUAAUUGAAUAAGUACAUUUGUGUCCUUGUUCAUUCAUAUCACUGGCCAGCAUUAUAAGCAGGUGUAUACUUUUAGCUUAUAGUUCCAUGUACUGUAAAUAUUUUUCAAAGUAAAGGGAACAAAUGUCUAGUUUUAUUUGUAUAUGAAAUUUCCCUGACCCUAAAGAAUACAUUUUGAAAUGAAAGAAGCUUACAAAGAUAAAAUCUAUUUUCUUAUGGUUUCCCUUGUAUGUAUUUGUGGUGAAUGUGUUUUUUAAAUAGAACUGUCUCCAGAUUUCUCUAAGACUACUAUGAACAGUUUUCUUUUAAAAUUUUGAGAUGAAGAAUGUAAGAAGUAUUGUCAUCCUUUGAGCUGUUUACUGCCAAUAAGAUUCUUUAAUCCCUGGGAUCUAUGGUCAUGAAUUAAAUUCAAGCCUAAGCCAUAAAAUAGAUUGUUUUUAAAAUGGAUAGCUCAUUAAGAUGUGUAGCAGGUUAAGAAUUUUUUCCUAAAGACUGUAUAUUUGAGGGGUUUCAGAACUCUGUAUUGCAGUCAUAGAUUUUCUUUUAUUAGAGGGGAAAUGAGGUAAAUAAGUGAGAAAGUAUGCUUGUUAAUUUUAUUCAAGAAUGCCAGUAGAAAAUUCAUAGUGUGCAUCUUUAAGAAAAAUGAGAGCAUACAUCUUUUCAAUUAAGUAUAAGGGGUUGUUCAUUGUUGUCAUUUGUUAUAUUGCUACUCCACUUUAGAUAACAUACCUAAAAUAAAAUAUGGUGGGUUUUUCGUGUG